GCCUAGCAUUUCAUUCGGAGUACAAUGACGCCACAGUGUGGAACUCCUCGCAGCGCGUGCUUGGUCUCAGCGGACUCUUUUGACUCUCGACACGGAAGUCGCUCAUUAUUAUUUACUAAACCGCAUUAGGACGAUAUCGAUCUGCUGUUGAUUUAGAUCAACAGUUCCUCUCCAGUGUCACACUGCAGAAUGCGGUUGACAUGUUGGCUGGUGUUCGCUGGCUGUCUCUCGAUCACGGCGGCGAUAGAGCCGAUCAGCACCAGCAUCGCUGUCGGGAUGGCCGCGGCUCUCACCGGGUUUCUGGCCAGUUAUCAGAACGUGCUCUAUUACUUUCACGAGUGCUGCAGACCGGAGUGGAUCUCAUACAACAAAACAGGACUGAAGUAUGACCUUGACACCAAGCUGUACGGGCAGCACGUUGCUGCUCAGGUCAUCCUGAAAGCCGUCACAGGCUUCAUGAACAAUGAAAACCCAAAGAAACCGCUGGUUCUGUCCCUCCACGGCUGGACCGGGACUGGGAAGAACUUCGUGAGCCAGCUCAUAGCCGAAAAUAUAUACGCGAAAGGAAUGUCAAGCAGUUUUGUUCAUCUGUUUACAGCAACGGCACACUUUCCUCACGAGAUUCACAUUGACACAUACAAGUCCCAGUUACAGGAGUGGGUGAAGGGGAAUGUUUCCAUCUGCGCACGUUCCAUGUUCAUCUUUGAUGAAAUGGAUAAAAUGCAUCCAGGGCUGAUCGAUAGUAUAAAACCUUACCUGGACUUCUAUGACAAUCUGAACGGAGUGUCGUACAGACAGGCCAUCUUCAUUUUCCUCAGUAAUGCCGGUGGUGAGAACAUCGUUCAGGUGGCUCUGGAUUUCUGGAAGGACGGCAGAGAACGAGAGGAGAUCCAGCUGAAGGAUCUAGAGACGGCACUGUCACUGUCCGUCUUCAACAACAAAAACAGUGGUUUCUGGCACACUAGUUUAAUUGAUAAGAACCUGGUGGAUUUCUUCGUGCCGUUCCUUCCUCUGGAGUACAAGCACAUCAUUCAAUGCGGUUUGGCCGAGAUGGUCACCAAGGGUCACGCCCCGGAUAAAGAAGUGGUUGAAGCGAUGGCCCACGACCUGAACUACUUCCCUAAAGAGGAGCGCGUCUUCUCCAUGCAGGGCUGCAAGGUCAUCCCCAGCAGGCUGGACUUCUAUGUUUGAACGAGAGGGAACAAAGAAAGACUCAAAAACAGCAAACUGGUUAUCGCUUGUGUGCUUUUUUCACAGAAAUCCCUUCUGUUCUUCUGCAGUAGAAAGAACUGGAGCAGAAUUGCUCCUCAGACAUUACUGCAUUACAUGAUCUCUCUAAAGAGGGAUGUUUUUUAUUCAGUCACAAGUGUUUAAUACGCUAAUGGACUGUUUUAUUGUUGUCAGAUCAGCUGCUUUAAGUCCUUGUUUUCAAGGGCGUUUCUGUUGAAAUGAAGUAGCAGAGGAACUUUUUUAAAUGACUUUGCACAUUGUGGAGCUACAAAAAAAGAAAACACUGGCUGUCGGCGAUUUUAUGUGUUGAUCUGUAUUAAUUGUUAUCAUGAGAGAAAAAAAUUGCCUUUAUCUUGAAAUAUCACACACGUUUAUUAAUGCCAUUUUAUAAUAAAAACAAUGAGUUGGAACGUUUGGGAUGAAGACGAUCGUUAGCUAGAAGAUAUUUGUAGCUUAACCCAAAUCUCAUUUUUGCCUUUGAAACGUAAUGGUCAUUUGCUUUUCCAAUUUGUCAUUGUCAGGAUUCAGAUUUGUGUUGUCGAUUUUAACUUGCAAUGUCACAAAGUCUCUAAUGCCACUGGUUCUGAUUGAAGGUUUUGUUGAGUAAAUCACAGUGCCUGGUUAUCUUACAAGAAUACAGUUUUUUUUUGUUUUUUUUUUAAUCUAUUAUAGGCACUCAUCAUUAUUAGAUUUUUCUGGUUUAAACAUAAUUUCACAUUUGAAACGUUUAUGAAACUUGUUUUUGAGAUGCACCAAGAUAAAAUGGGAAAAAUACUUGAAAGAUUCAAUCUACACAUUGAUUUUGAUAAAGCUUUAUGACCUGAACGUA